UUUUCCGUGUUAAAUUUGUCCUGUUUGAAUCAAGCUACUGUUGAAAGAUAUUGUCUCGGGUUGAAACCAUUGUAAUGAUUUAUUCUGGAAAUGAGAUAUAAUAUAUAUUGGCUGCUGAAAUACCAACUGUUUUGCUGUUUGUUCUCCCGCUGGAAUUUUGUUUCUGGCCGGAUUCGAUAUUCUGUUCCCGAGGAAUUGCAACUGGGCGCCUUUGUUGGGAAUAUCGCCAUUGAUUUGGGGUUAGAUUUAAAGCAGCUGUCGGCUCGCAGUUUACGGGUGGCGCCCAGUCCGACUAAGCAGUACGUUGACGUAAAUUUGGAGAAUGGGAUUUUAUUUGUAAAUGAAAGAAUCGACAGAGAACAACUUUGCAGGCCAAGCGCCGAAUGCGUUUUAUCCUUCAACGUUUUGCUUGAAAAUCCCCUCAGUCUGCACCAGGUGGAAGUGGAGAUUCUCGAUGUAAAUGACAACGCUCCCAGUUUCCCCAAAAGACAGAUCCGCCUGGAAAUCUCCGAGGUUAUGGCACCGGGAGCACGAUUCCCACUCGAGGCCGCACGCGAUCCGGACACUGGAACUAAUUCCUUACAGUCAUACCAGCUCCUUCCCAAUCAAUAUUUUAUUCUUGAUAUGCAGCCACGAAGCAGGAAAGUAAAGAUACCAGUGUUGGUGCUGCAGAGCCCUUUGGAUAGAGAAACAAUACCAACCCACGAGUUAAUACUGCUUGCCGAAGACGGCGGAGUCCCUGUGAGAUCGGGUGAGGUCCAGAUAACCAUUACGGUGAAGGAUGCGAACGACAACUCUCCCGUUUUCGCGCAGUCGGUUUAUAGCGUAAGGCUGUUGGAAUCGGCUGCCAUAGGAUCUUUGAUUAUUACUUUAAAUGCCUCUGAUUUGGACGAUGGCUCUAAUGGCGAGAUAACAUAUUCACUCAGCAACCAUAAUUCAGCAAACGUUCGUGAAUUAUUUCGCGUGGAUUCCAGCACAGGUGAAAUCAGACUCAAAAGUCAUUUGGACUAUGAAAAAAACAAUUUUUUUGAGAUUAACAUAGAAGCGAUUGACAGUGGUACUGACGCAAUUCCCCAGCACUGUGAUGUGUUGCUGGAUGUGAUCGAUGUGAAUGACAAUGCUCCUGAAGUGACCCUGACAUCCACGUCAAGUAUAGUGCCAGAAGAUUCCUCGGUCGGAAUGGUUGUGGCACUACUCAGCGUUGAUGACGAAGAUUCUGGACAAAAUGGGCAGGUACAGUGUAAAAUUUCAAACAAACUGCCGUUUAAAAUGGAUUCAUCUGAGAAAAACAUUUACAGACUACUUAUACAGCAUACACUAGAUCGCGAAACUACUUCCAGCUAUGACAUUACUGUAACUUGCACAGAUGCAGGGCACCCUCCCCUCACAUCCAAGAAAACGAUCCGUGUGGAGGUUUCAGAUGUAAACGAUAACGCACCAAGGUUUACGCAGCCCGUAUACACGGCAAGGGUCAUGGAGAACAACGUUAUAGGGGAUUCCAUAUUCUCCCUGACCGCCUUCGAUCCAGACAGAGGACAGAAUGCCCGACUGAAAUUUACUGUCCUGAAUUCAUCCGCAGCCCCAUAUGUCUCCAUCAACUCACAGACUGGUGUCAUAUUUGCUCAGCGAUCGUUUGACUACGAACAACUGAAAAACUUCCAGAUCCACGUUCAGGUGCAGGAUUCUGGAAACGCGCCCCUCACCAGCAACGUUUCAGUGGAUGUCGUUAUCCUUGAUCAGAACGAUAACGCCCCAGUGAUCGUGAAUCCUUUACCCCAAUACGGCUCAACAGCAAUAGAAACAAUAUCCAGGUUUGCUCAACCGGGAUAUCUGGUUGUCAAGGUAUCAGCUACUGACGCCGACGCUGGUCAGAAUGCCCGACUGUCUUACCAUAUUUUUCAGGCUACCCAUCGCGAUCUGUUCACUAUUUCAGCAGACACGGGGGAAGUUUGGACUACCCGUGCUAUUGGGAGCAAGGAUGCUUCAAACCAAAGGCUGGUUAUUGUCGUAAAAGAUAAUGGAACUCCAUCACUUUCUGCCACUGUGACUAUAGUGUUAUCUGUCAAAGGGAGUGAAGCGUUCUCCAGUGCCACUAGUUUGUCUACAGAUCCAGAGCUGAAUCCUGAUCUGAACCUUUACUUGGUCAUAGCCUUGGGGACAACAUCUAUCAUUUUCUUCGUGGUUUUACUUAUUCUGGCUGUUAAGGUCCAUGAAAACAGAACUGGAGUGGGGCACCAUUGUGGUUCUCUGAAUUUCUGCUGUUGUUUGAAAACAAGGAACUCCAUGAAUGGAAUUCAAAAGGCCAGCAGAAGCCUUCAGAUACCACCGAACUAUGUUGAGGUAUUCGGGGGUGAUCCACUUUCUCAGAGUUUCCGUUACGAAUCGUCUUCAACGUUGCAGUCCGUGAAGAGAGACUUCCCGACGCGACAAACGCGUAGGCUGUCUACAGCAAUGAGUUGUGCCCAGAAGAAACCUAUUGGGAAAGAGAAGCCAGGAAUGAUAAUGUCUGAAGCCUCCAACUACAAUGUAAAUAAUGAGCUGGCAAAGCUUUACCUGCCAACAAAGCCUUCAGAGGAGUUUCGUGAGCGGAAGCGACCAAGAACAAUGAAAUAUAAAAUAUAUUGGUUGCUAAAAUGCCAAUUGUUGUGCUACGUGUUCUCCUCCUGGGAUACUGUUUUUGGUCAGAUUCGUUAUUCUGUUCCUGAAGAACUGCAACUGGGAGCCUUUGUUGGGAAAAUCGCAGCCGAUUUAGGUUUAGAUGUAAAGCAGCUGAAGGCUCGCAGUUUUCGGAUAGCACCCAAUCUAAAGAAGCAGUAUUUCGACGUCAAUCUGGAGAAUGGGAUUUUAUUUGUGAAGGAAAUAAUCGACAGAGAACUGAUUUGUGGCUCGAACCUCGAUUGCCGCUUAUCAUUGGAUGUCGUGCUUGAAAAUCCCUUGAACCUGUACCCAGUGGAAGUGGAGAUUCUGGAUGUAAAUGAUAAUGCUCCCAUUUUCCCCAAAAGCCAGUUUCAGCUUGAAAUCUCAGAGACUGCAGCACCAGGUAUGCGAUUUCUUCUUGAACCCGCACAGGAUCCAGAUAUUGGCACGAAUUCCUUGCAAACCUACCAGCUACAGCCGAAUGAAUAUUUUGCUCUCGACGUACAAACACGCAGUGGCAAGGAAACGCGGCCAGUGUUGUUGCUGGAGAAGUCCUUGGAUAGAGAAAUGAUAUCAACCCACAAUUUAACGCUAAUAGCCAAGGACGGCGGGUUGCCUCCGAGAUCGGGAAUGGUUCAGGUUAUAAUUAUGGUGAAGGAUGUAAACGACAACGCACCAGUUUUCUCUGAGUCGGUUUACAGGGUCAGUCUGUUGGAAAAUGCACCGAAAGGGACGUUGAUCAUCAGACUAAACGCCACUGACCUGGAUGAUGGUGUCAAUGGAGAUGUAAUGUAUUCUUUCAGUAGCCACAUUUCUGCAAAUGCUCGUAAACUUUUUGAUGUGAACCCCAAAACAGGUGAAAUCAGACUCAAGGGGAACUUGGACUACGAAGAAAGCAGUGCCGUUGAGAUUAACAUGCAGGCGAUGGAUAAGGGUUCAGGCGCUAUACCCGAGUACUGUGAUGUAUUGGUGGAAAUUAUAGAUGUGAAUGAUAAUGAGCCAGAGGUGAAUUUACGGUCUUCGUCAAACACAAUUCCCGAGAACGCUCCACUUGGGACAGCAGUGGCUCUCUUUAGUGCAGGAGACAGAGAUUCCGGACAAAACGGUCAAGUACAUUGUGAAAUAUCAAAUCAGUUACACUUUAAGUUAGAUUCCUCCAUAAAGAACUAUUACAGAAUACUUACACAACAUGUGCUGGAUCGCGAAAAUACCCCCAAUUAUGAUAUUACUAUAAUUUGUACUGAUGCCGGGAACCCUCAACUUACUUCCAAGAAAACUAUCCGGGUAGAGGUUUCAGAUAUAAAUGACAACGCACCAAAGUUUUCCCGCCCAGACUACACAGCAAAUGUUAUGGAAAACAAUGUUAUUGGGGCUUCCAUAUUUUCCGUGAAGGCCUUCGAUCCAGAUGUUGGAGAAAACGCCCGACUGACCUUUUCUAUCCUGGAGUCUCAGUUUCAGAAUUCCUCAAUAAACUCUUAUGUCUCAAUUAAUUCGGCGAGUGGUGUCAUCUAUGCUCAGAGGGCUUUGGAUUAUGAGCAAUUGAAACAUUUCCAGAUCCAAGUUCAAGUGCGGGAUUCUGGUGCGCCAGCACUGAACGGUAAUGCCUCAGUGAAUGUUGUUAUCCUUGAUCAGAAUGAUAAUGCCCCAGUGAUUACACAUCCUCUACCCGAAUAUGGGUCAACAGCAACAGAAACGAUAUCCAGGUCCACAGAAUCAGGGUCCUUGGUUGUCAAGGUAUCGGCCACCGAUGCCGACUCUGGUCAGAAUGCUCGACUCGCUUAUCAGAUCUUUCAAGCCACCCAUCAUAAUCUUUUUACUAUUUCCGCAGACACUGGCGAAAUAUGGACUACACGUCGAAUAUUGAACAGGGAUGCCUCUACUCAAAGGCUGGUGAUUGUGGUAAAAGAUAAUGGAAUUCCAUCACUCUCUGCCACUGUGACUCUAAUAUUAUCUGUCGUUGGGCCAGGUAGCGAAACAUUCUCCAGUGUCGGCAGUUCGUCGUCCGAUCCGAGGUCCACUCCUGAAGUGAGCCUUUCCUUGGUUAUAGCCUUGGGAACAAUAUCUAGCAUUUUCCUCAUAAUUUUAAUCAUCCUCGCCAUUAAAGUUCACAAAAACAGGAAUGGUGUGGGAUACCAGCAUCGUUCCCUGAGUACAUGUUGUUGCUUUGAAACAAGAAAUUAUUUGAAUGGAAUUCAGCAGGCCAGUAAAAGCCUUCAGAUACCACCAAACUACAUUGAGCUAUUUGGGGGCGACCCUCUCUCCCAAAGAUUCCGUUACGAGUCAUGUUCAACAUUACAGUCAACAAAGAGAGAUUUCAUCGUCCCCAGCAGGUGCAAAUCUUCUACAGACAAGAAUUUUGUGUUGAACGAAUCUGCCGGGAGAGUAAAUGCUGGAAUGGUGAAUUCUGAAAAAUACAGUACGCCAGAGCCGCCAUCGCGAAAGCUCAGACGCCGUGAAAACUGGCGAGCCAGCAGCUCCGCAGGAUUUGUUCACGGUUCCAUUCGAAUUGGAGACAAGGGAAAAAAAUAUUUGAAUGAAAGCAAUCCAACAAUUCGCAAAAGGGAUAUAGAUAUUUCCUGCGUUGAAUUUGUCGUGUUUGAAUCAAGCUAA